CGAAAAAUGACGAACGACUUGUUUUUGCCUUGCGAUAUAUCAAGAUGUCAUAAAGCUUCGUGUAGACUUUUUGAGCAAUUUCCUCGAGAAGUUUCGGCAAAUUCCGUUCAGCUUGUUUUAACACAACCUUAUAUUUAUUCAAGAAUGUUAAGUAUCAUGUGUACACGGCUGGCAUAAUGAACACUUUUGCCAAUUAAAUCGUCCAGAGGUGUUUGCACAGUGAGUGCUGUUCGUGCCUCGGUAAAAACUGUCGAUUAUUGACGCGGCUUGAUUGAUUGGCGUGCAAGGAAUUAAAUACUUUGUAAAUCCUUAACCCGGACUCGAUCGGUAGGAUUACACAUGUUUGUCGCCGACGCGCGCCACGGAGAUAUUUGAAAAACCGGAGGCUUAACAGCGUGUUUAGCAUGCUUGUGAUCUUUGCUUUGAGAUUUUACAAGCAGAAAAUACACAAUGUCGCGCACUCCAACGUAUGUUUCUCGCCUUGAUCCUCAAUUUCGCCGUUUUGUCAACGUUGUUAAUGUGUACCCUUCUUCGGAGACAUCAGCUUCAAAUGACGAUUCGUCCAAAGAACAAUCGCCAUCUUUGGCCUCCAGCUCAUGCUCUGAAAUAAAUCAGGAUUUUAUUUGUGUCGACGCUUAUACAGAAGAAAACUGGGUUCCACCUCAGAGCUCUCAACGACGAGUUUCCGAAUUUUUUAUAGAGUACGCAAAUGUUCUAAGCAGUGAAAGUGAGGCAUCUAUUGGAAAUGACAACGACCUCAGAACUGCGGUACCCACUUCGACAUCACUCAAUUCUGAGGAAGAGGCACAAACUCUCAGAAGCUCUAAGCAACCUUACAGCCCCGAUAGAAUUCAUGAUGAUUGUUUUGGAGACGAUUCUGUCUUUUGGAGUCACGGGGGUGGUAACAUUUCUCAAGAAAAGUAUGGGAUGACGUUUUGUUUACAAAAGCAACCUAGUGUGUCGAACAAAAGACAGACAUUAAAUCGUCCAUCAGUGAGGUCGUUUUCCAACGAUGCUGACUCAGAAAGUAGUUUUCAAUACAACAAUGAAUCAGAGGGAGGUUUCGAGCAUUUUACAGAUAAUGAAGUUUUUGAUGCAGAACAAAACACCCCGUGGAAUAUAAACACGAGUCAGGUCACCACGCAGGGUGUGCAAGAGGUCGUCCCUCGUAGACCUCUAAACACGUCACGCAAGAUUGCAGACAGUUUAGACGAUUUGCCUUCUGUGGGCUAUGCUGCAGAUAUCGUCGAAGAUGGAUAUUCGUCCACAAGUAGUGCUGAUAGCACGUUCGUGUGUUUUGCACUUGUUGGAAAUCAGGAUGACAAAAGAACUAAACGAAAAUUGUAUUCAAAGCGUGGCCGAGGCGAGCGCGCUAAAAAGCAUAGGUAUAGCGAUAAAGAACUUUUAAAGCAACGCGGUAUCGAAGAAAAAGGUAGUGAUCCUGGGCUCAUGGCAUGUGUGGUGACCGGGAUUUCUGGGGGACCUUCUUUACGAGUCUUUCGCGAUGAAGAUUCGCAUUGGCGGCCUUCAAAAUCAAAAUCAGGGUCUUUAGAAAAUCUUCACGAAUGUACGCAACCUUUGCACAGAGGAAUCACUAAGAGUGGUGCAAGUGGUUUCGACGGUUCAAGUAAAUCAUACUCCCAGAAAAACAGAAACAGGGCAAAUAGCCGUGACUCUGUGUUUGCUCUGUUUGCAUCACCGGGAACAUCUAAAGGAAAGGAGAAAGAAACUGAGGGUGGCCAAAGAAAAGUAGAUGAGGACAAAACGUACCCCAACUCUUCACGAGGUACCGACUUUGACCAACGUGUGUCACCAGCGCUUUGUGACGCUGAGAAUGAAUUCAUGAAAUCUUCAAAGGAAAGCAUACAGUCUAACGUUCUGUUCAAUCAGGAAACAAGUGAAAUUCAUAGGGAGGGUCCUCGCUGUACUGAUGAACUGUAUCCCCCCUCACAUAUUAAGAGCGACGAAACGAUACCUCGCUUAAAUGAAUAUGGAAAACACCAGAAUUCACUUAAAAGUACAAGUGAGCCAGAUUUAAGGCAAAUUGCCUAUCGAGAGACACAGAGGAAAGCUAUUCCUGUAAAGCUCCAGUCGACUAAGAGAGAAGUUACUUCGAAAUUGACCCGGGAUAUUUCUUCCAAGCAUCAAGGGCCCGAACGAAACCAGCAAGAAAAAAAGGAAAAGAAAGUUAAAGAUGCGAUGAAACCCGUUGCUCAUAACUCAGAAUUAAAUACACAGGGAAAAGAGAAAAUGUCUGGACAAACGGAUUCACGUUGGCCGCCAGAUGAUCAAAAUCGGAGAGACAGGAUAUUUAAAUAUAGAAGAGAUGAAAAAAUCGGAGAUCUCCCCGAAACACAAACAGAAUCAGUUAUUGGAAGUAUGGUUCAUCCUAACAAGCUGCAGCAGGAUCCUCAAGUAGCUGGAAUUGUCACAAUAAACGAAGAGCUUGCCGUUGAGCAGGAAAGCAUUUGUAGAGAAAAAAAGACCGAACUUUUGACUCCUGCUAUACGUUCAACAAUAGAUACCUACCUUUCAGAUGACGGUGGCAAUGGUGAUGAAUGGAAAAUUAUGUCGAAAGUAGAAGAUCAACAGUGCUCGAAUAUUCCUGAGAAUGUAUCUUAUAACGCUGAAUCGGAACGUUUUCCGGACAAAGCUCAACGGCAAAAGGCUGCUGUGAAAGAAACGAAAGGCGUUCAAUCCAGUUCAACUUGUAACAAAAGCCAAACACUCGAGGAAGAAAAAGCAAGUCGUAAAGAGAACGUUUCUGCACCGUACAUCUCAGCUCUCGGUCAACAAAGUACUCACACGCAAUCAAAUAAAAGAACAAGAUCCACUGACGACAAACCAGUAGUGCGCCCCACUAAAGAAAGCGAAAGUCAUUUUGAGGCAAGACCAGCUAAGACUAGCGAUGGUUUCCCAGACUCCGUAGCACCUGAAGAAUCAAAUUCACGUCGAAAAUCUCCUAGCAGACCCGUCGAAUGUUUGAAUAAGGCGACCGGAUAUACUAAACGACCACUGGGUGACUUCGACUCCUCGGAUAUCCUAAGAAAACCUAAGAAGGGUUUCACCACGAGAGAGAAUAAGAGGGAUAAGAGCGAAACAAACGCUGAUUUCGUUAACAAUUAUUUCGAACAAUGGGGCGAAACUUGCACUCCUGUUUUGUCUUUUCCAAAUACUCAAAGCAUUUCCUUAGUUCGUAGUGAUAAAAAAGGCCACUCAGAUUCAGAGAUUUUUGAUAAACGUUCGAACUCUCUGUCAUUUCAUGUUGUGAGAGCAGCAGCCUUACCCUUUGGACGUUUUGAUACCAACUCGGACAAUGGCAAGGAAGUGUUUUCAAAGGAGCCCAUAAAGGUCGGUGCAACGGAUGCGCCUCCUGAUAACAAUGUUGAAAAGGUUAUGGCUACUGAGGAAGUCGUGAAAAGAGAACAGCUAUCGCUGAAGCGGAAAGAACAAAAACGUUCGAAAAAUAAGGAGCACUUCCGUGAAGGUGGGGAAACAAAUGUUUCUCCAGAGGACGUCGUUUUGAAUGUUAAUGACGAAAGCACACCAGAAGAUGGCGAUUUGUCCUCAUACAUACAACCUGACAAAGAUAGUUCGCUCGACCCUCCUCUCGAAAUUUUGCACGGACCUCUUUCUGGCUACUCUGGUAGUGGGAAUGUUAUCGACAGCACACUGAAGGCUACUGGUGAAUCAGAUUCUGUUGCUAAUCAAACCAGGUUGUUGUCAGAACACGAAGAAGAGGAAAGCAUAAUCUAUGAGAAACCACUUGAAUGUUUUCCUGGAAUGUCAAAUGUAUCUGCUAAAUACCAAGGCGUAGACUCUGUAAGAGACAACGCAAUUGAUAUGUCAGACCAGCCGUGUAGUAAAGUACCUGAAGGUCCUUGUGGUGACAUGGCAUCAACAAAACUGAUGGCUGAUGCACCUGAGCAUUCCAUGGUGUUGACGGUAGAUACACUUCAUGUAGUUUCAGCUUUCAGCCCCACCCAAAGAAGAGACGAGUUACCUCUAGUGGGACUAAAGGAAACAGGAAAGUCCUCCGAUGAGAGGCAUGUGGUAAAUGAAGAUACCUGUUUUGUUGCCUUCAAUAUAAACGAUAGUCUUCCUGUAGAUGGAGCUCUGGCAACAACUGGAGAGGAAGAAUGUGAAAACGUAUAUGAUAGUGAUAAUGUUAUCAAAACUACGUUUGCUUUUGCCAAAGGCGAUGAAAUAUGCUCAUAUGGUGAAAACACAGCACAAAUAUCUACUGACUGGAACAACGACUUUCUCUUCGAUGAGAGGCAAGUGGUGAAUGAAGAUACCUGUUCUGUUGCCUCCGAUAUUAACGAUAGUCUGGCUGGAGAUGGAGCUCUGGCAACAACUGGAGAGGAAGAGUGUGAAAACGUAUGUGAUUGUGAUCUGACUAACAAAAGUACGUUUGCUUUGGCCGAAGGGGAUGAAGCAUCCUUAUAUAGCGAAACCGCAGCACAGAUAUCUGCUGACUGGAACAACAACCGUCAUAUCUCGGAUAAACCAGAGAAGGGAACGCAGAUUUACGUCAACGAAGGGAAAGCUGCAAAUGAUGUUGGAGUAUCAGUAUGCGAGAGGGAUCAGGCGCUAGGAAAAGAAUUCACGACAAUAAAUGAUUUAGAAAUCCAGGAUGUGCGCACUGACGGACUGAACACCUGCAAUAAGACAAUUCACUGUCAAUGUCUUCAACAAUAUUUGGAAUCAAAUACGGAAUCCUCCCAAGGGAGUAUCCAGGAAGUGUCCGAUCAACGGUCUGACAUAACUCUAAAAAAGGUGAGCGGUUUUCCGCCAGAUUGGAAAAAUACGGAAAGCCAAACCUCAUUUCCAUACGACACUGAUGACAGAGAAUAUCCAGCAAACAAGACGGCAGAGGUCGAUGUUGUGCGAGGUGUCUUAUUCAAAUCAAGUGGUGAGUGCCAGACAGAGCCACAAACCGUUUCCUUUGCAAGUGUGGCUGUUCAAGUGAAGUUUCCUGACUAUGGCGUUCAAGACAAAGUAAUGAAGGUGAACGAGUACCCUGAAGGUGUCGAGCAUCGACAGAGUGAAAAUCAUCUAUAUUCCGACGAAGGUUGUCAAACCACGCCAGAUUUCGAACAAGUUUUGAUGACAUCAAAGGAUUGCCAGACAGAUUCUUCGUCGUUUACAACUGAUCAUGAUACGGUUUGGAAAGAAAGCAUUGGCUCGUGCCAGUUCGUUUCUUUUGAAAGUAAGGAAUGUCAAACUUUAGAAUGCUACCUUCGUGCAUCUCACGAUAGUAAAAAUCCUAAUGAAGAUGUUGGAUCGCCUUCCACCGUUUGUCGUGAAAAUAAAGAAUGUCAAACGGCUAGUGGCAGGACUCUGAUGACAUCAUCAGCCCAAUGUGAGAUACUACCGGCACACGAUAGGCUAGAAGGGUUAGAUUAUAAAGCGUUUUUAGCAUCUCGGCCUGCUUCCUACGACAAAGAGUGUCAGACCGCGUUCAGUGAUACUCGCUUACUUACAGAGUCAGAGCAAUCCACGACAUUGGCAAAUACGUUGGAAAAUACUGGGAAAACGUCAGCCGAAACUAUGAAAACUUACGAAAACAAGGAAUGUCAAACCUUACCUGAAGUUGACCGUCUUUCUACAGUUUCAGAGGAAUGCCAGACAACCUCAAGUACGUAUAACACUUGCGACAGUGCGAAUGUCGCAGGAGAAAAUGAGAUAUCCUUUACGAAUGAAGAGUGCCAAACAUUCCUUGACAGUGAUCUUCUUCAAGCCUCUUCGAAGGAAUGCCAGACCACAAUCUGGUUACCUGUCCUUAGAAAUAUCGUCUGGGAGCAAGAGGACACUGAAAUAUCUUACGUAAGCAAAGAAUGUCAAACAGUACCUGAAAUGAGCCUUGGUUAUACAGGUUCAAAGGAAUGCCAGACUAAUUCGUGGUGGUUCAUUCCUGAGGUGAAAGUGAGUUCUACAGGAGAAACUGACACAUUGCUCGUGAGUGAAGAGUGUCAAACAGUUUUUGACAAUGAUCUUCUACAAGCAGCUUCGAAGGAAUGUCAGACCGCUACAUGGUUGGAAUUGUCUCUCAAGAUCGCUAAGGAGGCAGCUACAACUGAAACAUCAAACGACAGCAAAGGAUGUCAAACGCUACCUGACAGUGACCUUCGUGAAGCUUCCAAGAAAUGCCAGACCGAUUGUUUGUCAUCCAACCCUGCAGAGAUGGCGACUGCCGCAGGAAAAACUCAAAUAUCAUACGUGAAUAAAGAAAGUCAAAGAGAUCUAGACAUGGACCUUCUUGAAGUUGCUUCGAAAGAAUGCCAGACCAUCACGUGGUCGCAUUUGUCCGAGGAGAUCGUCAAGCAAGCAGUAGCAACUAAAACAUCUUACGACAGCAAAGAAUGCCAAACAUUACCUUGCAAUGAUCUUCUUCCUGAAGCUUUAAAGGACUGCCAGACCAAUUCGUCAUCGUACAUCCCCGAAGAGAAGGUCAAUGCCACAGAAGAAACCAAAAUUUCGUUCGCGAAUGAAGAGUGUCAAACAAUUCUUGACAACGACCUUCCUCAAGGUGCUUCGAAGGAAUGUCAGACAAUGACAUGGUCGCAUCUGUCUGCGCAAAUCUUCAAGGAGGCAGCAGCAACUGAAGUAUCUUACAACAGCAAAGAAUGCCAAACGCUGCCUGACAAUGACCUUGUUCGUUUAGCUUCAAAGGAAUGUCAAACGAAUUUGUGGCCUUGUAUCACCAAGGACAGUGAGAACGAAACUAAGCUAUCCUACAUCGACGAAUGGUGCCAAACAGAUCCUGGCAUUGACCUCCAUUUAGCUUCAAACGAAUGUCAGUCUGUGUCAUGGUCGUUUAUAUCUGACGAAAAGGUGACGAGGGCAGAGGAACCUAGAAAAUCCUACAGCAGCAAAGAUUGUCAAACAAUUGUGGAUCUCACUAACCCAUUAAUACAGUCUGAAGAGUCACAGAAAAUGCCAGAUUUGGUCCCUGGUGAUGCCAACACAUUGGUUGAGUCACACCAGUCUGUUGUUUAUGAUAUUAAAGGAAUACAACCAAAUAUUGAAGUUCAAGCGUUAGUAGCGCCCAUUCAACUAGGUCAAGAUAUUUCGAGCGUUCAGAAGCUUCCGUCCAUAGAUCAUCAGAAGACAGAAAGCAAGGCGACAGAGAGCCAAACGCUCCCUGAUAGCCAGCUUCUCGUCUCGUUUUCAAAGUUUAGUCAGACGUCAGACUGGAUUUCAGAUGACAUUUAUCAUAAUAAAGAGUGCCAGACAGUGCCGUAUUCUCUAGAUGACCUAAUAAUGCUCGUUGAUCAACUGAAACGCGUCCAAGACGUUGAAAACUUCAACGAUGCGGGGUCGGAAUCGAUUUUCAGGCCAUUUGGCCCCUCAGAAAUGAGUCCUUUCCAUACCGCACCUCGUCCUAGUACAUAUGGAAAGAGUCCUGAAGCAGACGAAGUGCCUUCUAUUGAAUUUCUGUCUUGUGAUCAUUCUGCAACAGAUAAAUCAGACUCCCAUUCAGCAUAUAUAGCUUUUUCACCCAAUGUCGCUGAGAGAGGUUGCCAAGUCGAGAUGUGCCAUUGUGGGAAUUUCGUUGACGAACAUGAAAACGAAAGCAUUUGUCCACAGGCAGCGAAUGAUCCUCAGAACCGGUAUUUCGGGUUUUUUUGUUUUCAAUUUUGUAAUUACUGGUACUCCCGUAUCGGAUUUCGUUUCGCAGUUUCUCAAUUUUGACUUCUCUCUUGCAGUAAAUAAGAGGUGGCUGAAAAUAAGUUCGACGAAAUUUUCCAGCCUUCAGCUGAGGCUCGUGCAAACCAGUUACUGGCAAAAAAUUAGGAACAGCAACCUUCCCUAGUGAAAGGGCGUGGUCGUGUUUAAUAGGGGUUGCUAGCUCCUCCUCGUACAGUCAAUGAAAAUAAAAGCAAACGUAGUUUGCCUGGUAGCUCAAUUCUUCGAUUGCAGUUGGUGUGGAAUUGUAAUUAUAUCGCUUUCCUCAAAGUCUAUAGUCGUUCACGAAACUAGCGUACUUCUUUCGAGGCAGCAGUCCAGUGGGUGCUGUAGCUCAAACAAUCAUUCGUUUGAAGAUUAAGAAUUUUGAAGUGAAAAGGUAAUGUCAACUAAACAUGUGCGCGUUGAAAUGUAGGCGUGAAGACUGAAAAGCUUAAAACAGAGAUUUCCUUUCCAGUUUUGUUGUGACUUUGAGGGGGAAAAGAGACUCAUCCUAGUUUACCUUGGGCUUAUUUGAUUGCUCUUUGUAAUUGAUAACAACUUUCCCGUUUUAGGGCUGCGAUGCGAGUAUCAGAGGGAAUGCAGAAGGAGCAAGCUAGUCUUAUAAAGCAGCUGGACAUGCUAAGGUAGGGACACGCGGAACGUGCUCAAGAAGAUAGUUUCUCGGAUAAUCUGUUUUCUAAAUUUACUGUGGUUCAACUUGAAUCAAAAUCGGUUUGAUACAACUUUCUUUGUGAUGGACAGUUCCCACAGUUUUCUGCUGCCACAUACUGAUUUUUUGGCGCGUAAUCAGUAUGAGUUAGUAGGUCAGAAGGAGGUUGCAGUAAACCUAAGUGUGGAGGGAAAUGUAACAGUGCAAAUCCGGAUCGCCCUGUUUGGGUUUGUUGUAUAUUUUUAUGUCAGUAUGUUUUUUUUGGCUUAUCCUUUAAUAAUACCGUUCUCCAACUCAUUAAGUGAGAAAAAACUAUGACCUUUUGCUAUUAAUUUGUGAUCCUGUAUCAAGGACUCAAAAGGGUGUUUUCAUCCGUUUUUCAAACGUCUGAAAAACUCGGCUGUUCUUCGCUUGUUUAACCCACUUCUACGUUUAGAUUUCAGAUGAAAAAGUCCUUAUCGUGAUUGAUCUCUUGCGUGAAACAUUUACGGGCUAUUUUACAUUGCAAGGCAACCAUUUAUAGUGCGCGUUAGCAAUUGUUUGUUCGUAGAAAACGCUGGUUCAGUUCCAAAACGAGAAUCUUCAGGGUUAAAUUCGUCAGUGUCAAAUCGUACUGAACAAACGGAGGAAAACAGCCUGGAGCAAAAAACACGAACACAAUCAAUCACACGAUUCGCAAGUCCAUAAUGCGAAGAAUGUGGAUUUCCAUGUGGCCCUUGUCAUGUCCUCCUACUGUACGUACCGCCUUGAAAACGUUAUUGUUGAUUUCUUUCAAGGGAUAUGAAUCAGAAACUCAGAGAUGACAAGGACGCCAUAGAAGCCGCGCAUCAAGCGGUGAGUUAUCUUAAAGCAGAUUAAAUGCAGUGAAAAACUUGAUAAACCAGUUGCUUUCGCGGGGAGAUAGUCCUAUCCGACUACCCUUUUUCAUGAAGUAGGGUCGAGGAACCAUACUAUAUUUUCACUUUUAGUUUUGUUGAGGUCAUUUGUUAUCCUAGCUUUUAAGUCUUAAGGAGAAAUCUUGUGGUGUUUAUAUCAAUCAAUUGAAACCUCUUUGAAACAAAUUUUGCACAGUACAAUUUAUUUCUUAUAAAUUUUACAAACUGAAAUUAUUUAAUUUUAUGUCAAUUUUUAUUUGGGCGUUUUUAGGAGCGAAAGGGUUAAGGCCUACCUAUACGCUCGGAAACACUGUUGCGGUGCCAUUGUUUCCCUUUGUAGCCACACAAACAUAGGCCCCUAACUUGCUGCGUGCUUCCGCGAGCAACUUUGUUUCGAAAUGACCGUUUUCCACUUUUAGAGGAAACUACUAUUCCGCAACAGCGUUUCCGCUCUGAGCCAGGCCCUUAUUUUACAGGUGUCAAAUUAUUCUGAUUGGAUUACGAUGUGUUAAAAAAUGUUUAUAUGUACCCACUUCACUGAUCCACGUUCGACGUUACUUUACUUUGUACAUUCAACUUGUAUUUUCCCUUCCUC